AUGGCUUUCAUUUCUUUGUUCACAGCUUUGACUGGGGUUGUUGCCUACUUCAUCACAAGCUGCAUCUACCGACUCUUCUUCCACCCUCUUUCGAAGAUCCCUGGACCCAAGCUCGUAGCUAUCUCGUACCUCCCCGAGUUCUACUAUGAUGUUAUCAAACGGGGUAUGUACCUGUGGCAGGUAGAGAAGAUGCAUCAGCAAUACGGCCCUAUAGUCAGAAUAAACCCGCGUGAAGUUCACAUCAGUGAUCCAGCCUUUUAUGACGAGAUCUACGCCGGCGGCAAGAGAAUCCGCAAUAAGGACCCGUAUUGGACCGCUGCACUCUUGACGCCCGGUGCUAUGGCAUCGACAAAUGACCACGAACAGCACCGGCUCAGACGGGGUGUACUGAGUAAUUUCUUCUCGAAACGCUCCGUCACAAAUCUGGAAUCCACCAUCCAGGCAAAGGUCGACUUGCUCAAGGACCGCUUCGUGGAAGCCUACCACGAGGACACAAUCUUGAAUCUUCCACCUGUCUUUGCAGCCUUGACGGCAGAUGUCAUUACGCAUUACUGCCACGGCGAAUCGAGAGGGUAUCUCGUUGCUCCAGAUUUCAAGAAUGACCACAUGGAAGCACUCGACUCACUGUUUACCAUGUUUCACCUAAACCGAUUCUUACCGGUCUUUGCGCAUCUACUCGCGAGGAUGCCCUUGGAGUUUAUGAGCAAGUGGGGUAUUCUCUCUGGGACGCUUGGGGAAAUCGUUGAGGCUAGACUCUCGACUCGAAGGCAGGCUGCUGAGGUGCUGAAGGGGAAGAAAGAGAAGACUUCUGGGCCGGAGACUCUUUUCGAUGCUCUGACUGCGGAUGAUAUUCCCGAAGAAGAAAAGACUUUGGAUCGACUUGAUGAUGAGGCUUCGGUUUUGUUUGGGGCUGGGACGGAGACGACGGCGAGGACUUUGUCUAUUGCUUGUUUUUAUCUGGCGAAGGAUCCGAAAUUGAUGGAAAGACUGCGUGGGGAGUUGAAAUUGGUUAUGCCUUCGCCUGAGAGUCGGCCGACUUGGUCCCAGUUGGAGCAGCUACCAAUUCUGGGAGCUGUUAUUCAAGAGGCACUGCGCCUGUCUUAUGGACUGAGUGGUCGCUUGCCUCGGAUCGCACCUGCGGAGACUUUGAUCUAUAAGCAGUAUCACAUUCCACCAGGAAUUCCUGGAAAGACCCCUGUCAGUCAGUCAAUAUACUUUGUUCACCACGAUCCAUCAAUCUUUCCGGAUCCAGAGAAAUUUCAUCCUGAAAGAUGGAUCCAGGCUGCGGAUGACGGUGUCAAUUUGAAAAGAUACAUGGUUUCUUUCAACAAAGGAAGUAGACAAUGUCUGGGAAUGAAUCUUGCAUAUGCGGAGAUGUAUCUGGCAUUGGCGAUGUUCGCACGGAACUUCGACAUUGGUCUAUUCGAUACGACGGAAGAUAAUAUCCGACUCGGUCGGGAUUUGUCACUUCCUUAUCCGACCGAAGGAAGAUUCGCUACUCGGGUCAGAGUGACGGGGCUGGUGGAA